CUGAACAGGUGUUUUUUCCCCCCUACCUUGAACCAGAAGAGAGAGAGAAGAUCCAACCUGAGGUUUCUAACCGGUCAUCAUGGAGCAUUUGGACACCAGACUCACCGUUCUUCUUCUCCUGCUGUCCGUCGUUCCAUUCUCAACCCAGAAGAGCUCAGUCACCUGGUGUGUGAUGAGCGACGCGGAGGAGCAGAAGUGUCUGGACCUGGCCGGGAACGCCACCCUCCACCACGUCAGGGGAACUCUGCUGUGCACGCGAGGACUCCACUCCAGAGACUGCAUGGAGAAGAUUAAGAACGGUACGGCGGACGCGGCCUCCAUGUUUGUGGACGACAUCUAUGCUGCGGGCCUCUGCUACGGCCUGGAGCUUGCAGCCGGGGAGUCACACAACGGCGUGGACGGGGUGAGUUACUAUGUGGUGGCCCUGGCGCGGCGGUCCUCCUCGGACCUCUCUCUGCUGGAGAUGCACGAGCGCAGCUCCUGUCACCCCGGGAUACGGACCACGGUGGGCUGGACCGUUCCUAUUGGCUACCUGGUCAACACCUCCCAGAUCAGCGUGGGGGAGCAGUGCAACUUCCCCAGAGUGGUGGGAGACUUCUUCGGCUACAGCUGCGUGCCGGGGGUGCAGGACCCCCAGCACGACCCCCGCGGGAGCAACCCCAGGAACCUGUGUGAGGCCUGCAUCGGGGACGACAACGACCGCCACAUCUGCGCCAACAACCCCAGAGAGAGGCACUUUGGAGAGGCUGGGGCCCUGAGGUGUGUGGCGGAGAACCUGGGCGACGUGGCGUUUGUCAAACACACAACGGUCUUCGACAACAUCGAUGGUCAGAGACCUCUUAAACUCCCUUCAAAUAACUUCAUUGUGUUUCUGCCAUCGUAUGGCCUCAGGCCCGUCGCACACAUCCACACAAGCAGCAAAACGGUGAACCACAACGCAAAUUCCAUACAACACAACACAACAAGCUAAUCUAAUCCCUAAUGU